GGAACUCAAGAAGUACCAACAGAGGACAGCAUUGACAGUUACAUGGUCCAGCUUCAUUCUCUGAUCGUUAACAACCCCCAACAAUACCAGAGUCUAAUACAGACUGUUCGGGGCAUUGUCAGUCAGCUUGCCCUUACCUGAUAGAAAUGUCCAUUUUUAUUGCACCAUGAUUGAUACUGAUAUCAUCAACAUUCUUCAUAUGAUGUAAUAUGAAUUACUGUGCAUGAUAUUACACAAUAGAUUUUAAUAACCUUGUACCUGACUAUAUUGCUUUAAAUGGACAACGCUAAAAAAAAAGAAAAAAAAGAUUGAUGUUGCAAUAAGUCCAGUCAUUGAGAUUGUGUUGCUCUUCAGCAGAAGUCACUGUCAAAACAAGAUGUACCAGUUUUUCAGCACCAUAAGGAAAAAACAGUUGAGUCUUCUGUUUGAAUAUUUUUCUUUUUUUAUGAUAAAGAACAUGAGGGAAAGACUUGUGAUUACAUAAAAAAGGAUUCCAUUCUAUAUUUAUUCAGAUCAUGCCUGUUUUACCAACCUGAUUUUCAUAUAGAGUUUGUGAUUUGUUUUUCUGUCUUACAUAUUUUUCUAGUUCAUACUGAGGAUUUGUUUAAGUAUUACAUGCACUGAGAACUUUGGUCAUGAAAAAAUAAUUUGUUAUCUCAAAGGUUUUCUAUUACUGUCUUUUAACAGCCAAGCAAAAUAAACACUAUUUUCUGUUUCUUAACUUUGCGUUCAAAGCAGAUAUUAGUAGGUCAUAUAUGCAGUACAGUCCAUGAAUGCUAUAUGCUUUUGCUUUCUGUUUUGGCAAGUCACCAUUCAUAACAUAUCCCAAAUGAAUUAUAAUUUCCAUAUACCUUCUGAAAACUGCAAGGUGUAGAUAGGCACUGUUAUCUCAUACACUGUUCAAAUGAAGAAUAAAACUGAUCAUAAAGAAA